AUGGGUCGCAACCUUUUCCCUGCUGUUUUUGCCAUCGGCAUGGGUAUAGUCUCUGGAUACUAUACCUUCCAGCCCUCGUUCCAAGAGCUGCAGAGUGAACGUGAAAACACCCAACGCCCCAACACAACCACAGGACAAUCGCUGGACCAAAAGACCGCCGCAGCUCCCUCCCCAGCUCCCACCAAGGAAGACACAAAUGCCGGAACCAACAAAUGA